GCAAGGUGACAUCCAUCUAAGCCUGGAGGAAGGUUCUUCCGAGGAUGGUCUCCCAUUCAGAGCUGAGGAAACUCUUCUGUUCCGCAGACGCAGUGUGCUUUGAUGUUGACAGCACGGUCAUCAGAGAAGAAGGAAUUGAUGAGCUAGCCAAAUGCUGUGGUGUUGAGGCUGCCGUGUCAGAAAUGACACGGCGAGCCAUGGGUGGGGCAGUGCCUUUCAAGGCUGCCCUCACAGAGCGUUUAGCUCUGAUCCAGCCCUCUAGGGAACAGGUGCAAAGGCUCAUAGCUGAGCACCCCCCACACCUGACCCCGGGCAUAAGGGAGCUAGUAAGUCGCCUCCAAGAGCGAAAUGUUCAGGUUUUCCUAAUAUCUGGUGGCUUUCGGAGCAUCGUGGAGCAUGUUGCUUCAAAGCUCAAUAUCCCGUCGACCAAUGUUUUUGCCAAUAGGCUGAAGUUCUACUUUAAUGGUGAAUAUGCAGGUUUUGAUGAGAUGCAGCCAACUGCCGAAUCUGGUGGGAAAGGAAAAGUUAUUAAACUUUUAAAGGAAAAAUUUCAAUUUCAGAAAAUAGUCAUGAUUGGAGAUGGCGUCACAGACAUGGAAGCCUGCCCUCCUGCUGAUGUUUUCAUUGGAUUUGGAGGAAAUGUGAUCAGACAACAAGUAAAAGACAACGCAGAAUGGUACAUCACUGAUUUUGUAGAGCUUUUGGGAGAACUGGAAGAAUAAUAUCAAUUUUUAUACGGUUCAUAAUAACUUUAGGUAAAUUUUUAAGAGUUAUACAGUUUGAUACCAUUUGCUUACAAUUGCUUAUUACAACCUAAUGUAUAGAUUUGGUACUGAUUAUCUGUACUUCCAAGUAGACUACAUAAAAUUGCUCCUUUUUAACUGCAGUCCCAAUAUUAUUAUGACCAUUAAUUACCUGGAGAGUUUUAUAAUCUGAAUUCUUUAUGUAUUUUCCUACCUAUAUUUUAUUUGAAACCUUUUAAAGGUGGAUAGUAAAUGAAACACGUUCCCUAUUGGAAAUACGGGGUAGGCAGCUUAUGUGAAUGUUGGUUUUCCCUUUGGUAGGUAAAUAAAAAUUUGUCAUGUAUCAGUA